AUGGACCUUGUCAAUGGAACCACAGUUCAGGCAUUCAUUUUGCUUGGAUUUGGAGGUGAACUGCAGAAACGAUUCCUGCUGCUCAUCUUUUUCACUGCUCUUUAUGUCUUCACUGUGGCAGAGAACAUCACUGUGAUCACUCUGGUGUUCCUUGAUGCUCAGUUGCCCCGGCUUCCCAUGUACAUCCUGCUGAGCAAUUUCUCCUGGCUGGAGAUAUGUUAUGUGACCACUACAGUACCCCGGAUGCUUCUUGACCUGGCAUCCCAUCACGGGAUCAUCUCCUUCCAUGCCUGCUUUCUCCAGUUCUACAUCUUCUUUUCCCUUGGUGUCACUGAAUGCUUUUUCCUCUCAGCAAUGGCCUUGGAUCGAUAUUUGGCCAUUUGCCAGCCGCUGCGCUACCCGCAAAUUAUGUCCCAAUAUUCCUGCUAUGUUCUGGUGGCUGCUUGCUGGGUUGUUGGCUUCCUGUGGUACCCUAUCCCAGUGGGAUUGAUCUCCAAGUUGUCAUUUUGUGGACCUAAUGUGAUUGACCAUUUUAUGUGUGAUUUUGGGCCAAUCCUGGCCCUUGCGUGCCCUCCACUUGGAAUUGUGCCCCUUGUCUGCCAGGUAUUCAUGAAUGCUGUGAUGGUGUGCAAUGUUCCAUUUGUGGUGCUCUCCUAUGGGAAUAUAAUUUUCACCCUCAUAAAAUCUACUAACCAAGGAAGCCGCAAGAAGGCCUUCUCCACUAUCUCUUUCCACAUAAUGGUGGUGACACUUUUCUAUGGCAGUGUUGGAGCAAUGUAUUUGAUUCCAGGUGGAGAAAGCCAGUCAGAGGUUACUAAAGCGAUUACGGUCUUCUACACUGCCAUUACGCCUUCUCUCAAUCCUCUGAUCUAUUGUCUGAGAAAUGAUCAGGUGAAGGAAGCACUAGAGAGGUUGCUGAAGAGAAAGGAGAGAUGGUUUCAGAGAAAAGAGAUGAUUUAA